CGACGCUCUCGGGUGUCGACUGAGCGGGUCUGAGCGAGGUUCCCAGAGGGCUUUGCGGCUUGGUUCCCCGGAGGCGCUCUCCAUCAUGGCGGGUGUCCUGAAGAAGACCACUGGCCUGGUGGGCAUGGCUGUUUGCGACACUCCGCACGACAGGCUAACAAUAUUGUACACAAAGAUUCUUGAUGUUCUCGAACUACUCCCUAAAAAUGCAGCAUACAGAAAAUAUACAGAACAGAUUACCAAUGAGAAACUCAAUAUGGUUAAAGCUGAACCAGAUGUUAAGAAGUUAGAAGACAAACUUGAGGGAGGCCAACUAGAAGAGGUGAUUCUUCAGGCUGAAAAGGAACUAAGUCUGGCAAAAAAAAUGCUAGUGUGGAAACCAUGGGAGCCAUUAGUGGAAGAGCCUCCUGCCAACCAGUGGAAAUGGCCAAUAUAAGCAUUGCCAAAAGUCUUUCAUGGGCUAAUGGGAAACUAAUGUAAUUAAAUAUUCUGUUAUAUUAAAAGUGUGUCUAUUUUGAUUAAGAAAACUGAGACAGGACAUACUUAGGAGACUUGUUAGUGAUUAUGGUACUCGUGUUUUGUGAAUUGUACAGUAUUCUCUCAGAUUAUUUCAAAGAUGGUGUUUCUUUGAACAGGAAGGGUGUGGUAGGAUUGGACAGUUAAUUGAUACAGUUUCUACAGAUACACUAUUCGCAGACCUAAAUUUUUUAUUUUGGAAAACCGGCAAAAUGGAAUUUUUUUUAUUGUCUAAAUGAAUUUAUUGCUAACUCAAAAGCAACCAUGAGUGAAGAUGUUCAAUUACGAGAAAAGUGUCAAAAAAUAGUUUGUGAUAAAAUUUUAAAUUGUGGUUAACCUUGUUGGCUUUGAUUUUAUGUACAAAGCAAAAUUAAAAUAUAUAAAUACG